GUUACAACAGAUACUACAACAAAUACAUCAAUGUCAAGAAAGGCGGCAUCAGCGGUGUCUCCAUGAUUCUUGCUGCUUACGUUGUUGUCAGCUACAUCUGGGACUACAGUCACCUGAAGCACGACCGCCACAGGAAGUACCACUGA